UCGCGCGCGCCCGUCUAAUGUGCAACGUUUUAUAAUGUUUUGAGUUAAGAAUCAUUUAUAAACUGCAUAAUUGACAAAAGUUUACAGUAGCAAUAAUUUGUGAAUUUCAACGCGUCUGCUGAUAAAGAUUUUUAGUAAAAAUGGGUGGAGGAGAUUUGAAUUUGAAAAAGUCAUGGCAUCCAUCUACCAUGAAAAACAUGGAAAAAGUUUGGAAGGCAGAAAAGCAGGACAACGAAGAGAAGAAAAGAAUCGCGGAACUUAAGAAAGAAAUAGAAAUGGAAAGAGACAAGGAAGACAUGAAAAAUUACGCCAUGGAGCAAGGUGUGAUAGAAAAAAAGGACGACAAAAAGCUGGAUUGGAUGUACAAGGGCCCGACUGUAAACAGGGAGGAAUAUUUGCUGGGUCGGAAGAUUGACAAACAGUUUGAGCAAAUGGUUCAAACUGAAAAAGAAGCCAAUCAGAAUAAGCCGACUGUAGCAAAAAAUCACGUUGACCAUGAAUGUAUACCACCUUCGUUGAGAAAUUUUUCUGGAGAUCAACAGGUUGACAUGGCCAGAAAACUCCAAGAGGAUCCCCUGUAUUUCAUUAAAAAAAGAGAAAUGGAAACAAAAGCUCAGUUAUUGAAAAAUCCUGUAAAAUUGAAAAAAUUACAAAAAUUGAUAGCUCAGCAGAGGAGUCAAGCAGAAUUGAAAGGCAGUAAGGAAAAAAAGAAAAACAAAAAAUACUCGAGUGACAGCGACGAAGAUAAGAAGCUUGAUAAAUUAUUGGCCAGCAAAUUUAAAAAAUUAAAAGAUGAAAUAAGCGAAAAGGAUUUGAUUAUGGCUAUUAAGAAACAUAAAAAAAGUAAGAAAGCAAAAAAGAAUAAAAAGAGGGAUAGUAGUGACAGCGAAGACGAAAAGGCAAGUAAAAAAUCAAAGAAAAGUAAGAAAAAAGAUAGCGAUGAGAGUGAUAGUGACGACGAAAAAAGUAGAAAAAUGAAAAAAAGUAAAAAAAGAAGCAGCAGCGAAAGCAACGAAAAUAGGGUGAGUAAAUUGGCAAAAAGAGACAAUAGUAAUAGCGAUGAAGAAAGAGGACACAAGAAAUCAAGAAAAAGUAGGAAAAGAGAUAGUAGUGAUAGCGAUGAGGACAGAGGAAGCAGAAAGUCUAAAAAAAGUGAUAGAAAAAAUAGUGAUACAAGAGAUAGCAAUAAAAAUGAUGAACAAAGAGACGAUUCUAGACAUGCAUACCGUAAUUAUGGAUUGAUGAAAUCUGAUGGUACGAGAAUAUCUCCUCCGAAAAAACGACGAUCCUCGUCCAGGGAAAACCCUAAAAGAAAAGAAGAGCUGGAAAAAAAAGACACUAAAUGGGUACCACCUAAAAGGCAAAAACUAUCAGAAGAAGAAAAAGAAAGAAGACGCCAGGAAAUGAUGGCCAACGCAUCCUGGCGGGAUAAAGAACGAGCAAAAAAUGUAAAGCGGUACGAAGAGGAAGAGAAAAACGAAGUAGUAUCAAAAAAUAAGUUCGAUAAGCAUUUUGCACAAAAACAAUUAGCUAUGGCAGCUAGUAAAGAAACAGUUGCUUCAAGAAUCAAGUCAAACAUCAAUAAUAUACAAAGGCAUAACUACUCAAUGGAAAAGAAUUUUGCUAAAAGAUAGCAUUAAUAACCACUUUACGACGAAUAAUUGUAUGAAUAAUAUUUGUAAUAAAAUAAUAUAUUUUUUU